AUGGCUCACAGUAGACUAAGCGAUCCAGAAUAUAGAAACUGGGUUACUGUUGGUCGAGCAAUCCAGAUUACCCGGAACGGCUUAGAAACCAUAAUUCAAAAUGCUGCUGACAAGUACCACACAUCACUGCUUGCAACCUUGCCAAAAAAUGUACCUGCUUGGGAAUUUCAGUUGAAGAAUGCCCAUCGAUCACGUGAUAAAAGAAAAAUAUCCUGGAGAAACAGUGAUAACACUCAGUGGUUGACCGUUGGUGCCUCAUGGGAGAUUGCUAAGAUUUUCAUGGCUCCCUUGGGACCGAGAAAGCUUGAUGUAGUCAACGCCAAAACUACUGAUAUAUCGGGACUGUUGAAUGUGUUGGAAUGGUCUCCGAGAGGGACAAAUGGUAUGUUCAACACAGUGCUAGGAAUCUCUGGCGCAUACACCGUAGCUGCAAGAAGUGCUAGGAAUCUAUGGGCGCAUGCUCGCUCAGUUACAACGUGAACUUGGUCAGGAUAUCAACAUUUUGAAAAGUGAUAUGACUUUUUGGAAGGAUCAAGUGGAGGUGACCUUGGAGCAGAUUAAGUUCUAAGGAAAAGCUUGGGUGAAUUUGUAACAAAGAACGAACUACACACGCUCUGGAAAUUGUCAAGAAAGAAAUCAAGGACUGGAAAGUGGCUACCAACAGCCGGCUGGAAAACAUAGAAAAGGCUAUGUCAGAGUCACAGCAAUUAUCUUGUGACGUGAAGCAAGAUCUAAAGUUCAACCCAGUCUCUGAUCGGAUGAAGGAAGAAUUUGUCGGUCGAGAGUGGUUGUUCAGUGACAUUGAAAACUGGUUGCAAAAAGACCCGGGCCUCGGGAGUCUCGUGCCUUCCUUAUCUGGGGUGGUGCUGGAACAGGCAAAAGCUCGUUCGCCCAAGAGUUUGUCCGUCGGCACGAGGGAGAGAAAUUGGCUGCAUACCAUUACUGUCAAAAAGAUAAUCCUCGCACCUGCGAUUUGA